AUGGGCCUGAAGGACCAUCUGGAGGAUGGAACAGGCCACAACUUCAAUCUGGGGCUGGAUUUGGACUACCUCCAUGUGGAAGGCACCGACCGCCAGGCCAGCUUGAGUGCCACAGCCGGCACCCACUCAGGAGUUUUGGAGGGGGAAGAGGCACAGGUGAGAGGCACCCAUAGCAGUGUCAGUAAUAGCAGCAUCAGCAGUAGUAGUAGUAGCAGUAACUCCUCUGAAGAAAGUGCUGCGUCGGACAGCGAAGAUGAGCGGGGGGUCCACCAUGGCUCUGGUUCUGGCGCUGAGACCCCCCAUCCGCACCCCUGUCACCCUACUGGACUGGGCCUGCCACAAAGCCCCCCCCCUAGGGACCCCAAACUCCCCACCGACCCCCUCACAGAGUAUCGCUCCAAGAUGGAAUUUGCCCUGAAGCUGGGCUACUCUGAGGAGCUGGUUUUGCUGGUGCUGAGGAAGCUAGGGCCUGACGCCCUCAUCAACGACAUACUGGGAGAACUGGUCAAACUAGGCACCAGGACAGAGACGGAGGAGGCAGGGGACUCUACCGCAUCCCAGUCGUCCUCCUCCUCCUUAUCCUCCCCCUCUCUGGACUCCUGCAGACUGGACUGCUCCUCCCAGCUGCUGUUAGAUGACAAGGAGAACAUCAGGCCUGUGGUGGUGGAUGGGAGUAAUGUAGCCAUGAGUCAUGGGAAUAAGGAAGUGUUCUCCUGUCACGGCAUCCAGCUGGCUGUUGAUUGGUUCCUGCAGCGUGGUCACCGUGACAUCACUGUGUUUGUGCCCGCCUGGAGAAAGGAACAGUCCAGACCGGACGCCCUCAUCACAGACCAGGAGAUAUUGCGACGUCUGGAGAAAGACAAGAUCCUGGUGUUCACUCCGUCUCGUCGGGUCCAGGGCCGCCGGGUGGUCUGCUAUGACGACCGCUUCAUCGUCAAGCUGGCCUACGAGUCUGACGGCAUCAUCGUCUCUAACGACAACUACCGGGACCUGGCCAAUGAGAAGACAGAGUGGAAGAAGUUCAUUGACGAGCGGCUGCUCAUGUACUCAUUCGUCAAUGACAAGUUCAUGCCUCCUGAUGAUCCUCUGGGUCGCCAUGGCCCCAGUCUGGAGAACUUCCUGAGGAAGAGACAAGUGAUCCCAGAACACAGGAAGCAGCCCUGCCCCUAUGGGAAGAAGUGCACUUACGGCCACAAGUGUAAAUUCUACCACCCUGAGAGAGGCAGUCAGCCCCAGCGCUCUGUGGCCGACGAGCUGCGUGCCAGUGCCAAGAACUCCUCUUCCUCCUCCACCUCUUCCUCCAAGAGCCUGGGCUCUGCUCUGCUGGUGAAGAGCCACAGCAUGUCCAGCAGCUCCAGUGCAGACGGGCUCCCAGAACCCCACCAAGCCGCCCCAAAGAGGCGGUCGGACCCCGGGCUGUGCACCCCCUCCUACAACGACCUCCUGGAGGAGCGGCUGGGCGGGAGGACCAAAGCAGAGGCCCGCAGAGGUAGUAGCAGCAGCAGUAGCAGCAGCUGUAGCAACAACCUCCUGGUCCCUGCCCCUGGGGGUCCUCCUUCCAGCCAAGGCUUCUCUCUGCAGGAUUGGAGGGACCACAACGCAGGGAGGAACGGCUCCUGCAAAGCUCCAGGGCUGUUGGGGCUUGGUCACUCUGAGUCAUAUCCCACCUGUGAGUCCCCAAAGCUGGGCUACAACUCCCUAAUGAGGGCGUACUCCAGCCUAAACCUGGUGGUGCCACGGAGCCCCGAGCGGCUGUUCCCAACUGACCUACGGACGGGCUUGCUGGCAUCUGACUGCAGCAGCGAGGGCAGCAUGAGCUCUGACUCCUUCUCCCCUGACCCCCUGCUGGAGGAUGGCCUCAAAUGCCACCACCCCCAUCACGACCACCAUCACUGCUCCAGCCGCUACCCACACCACACCAACCACCCACCCCCUGGUCUGACCCUGCACCCACAUGGAGGCUCCCACCAUAGCUACCCCCUAGCUCAGAGCAUGGGGAUACCACAGGUUUUCAGCUUGGAGGAUCAUCCCUCCUCCCUUCACCACUUCAAGGCCCAUCUUACCUACCUUUCUCCCCAUCUUCAGCACCCAUCUGUGGGGAGCAGCUCUGGCUGUUCUGAGGACUACCCUCCCCAACCUCCACCCCAGACCUCCAGCCCCCACUGCCACUCUCACAGCUCAACUCUGGGGCAUAACCUGGGGGGCUCCACCUGGCAGGACAACAACAGCCUCCAGAACUCCCGGCUCUACGAGCACUCCCCUGUCCGCCCCAGGAGGACCUACCCUGGGAUGGGACAGGAGCAGCGGCUGGCCAGCUGGGACCCCCACUACCAGCAGCUCCUCCAGCCCUGCUACGAGGCCUUCAACUUCCAGUCCCAGCCUGAGGGCCACAAACAACCCUGGCACUCUUCCUGGCCCAGGGGGACACACUCGCCCCAUCCUCAACCCCCUUCCUCCUCCCAUCCUCCACCCCACCCCUCCAUGGACCCCCAGCACCAGGGGGGAAGAUGCCAGGACGUGAGGGAUAAGGUGUUUGUCAACCUAUGUAACAUCUUUCCUCCAGAGCUGGUGAAGGUGGUGAUGGAGAGGAACCCCCACGUGAUGGACGCCCAGCAGCUGGCUGCAGCCAUCCUGGCUGAGAAGUCCCAGGCUCGCUACUGA